AUCAAUUUAUAUAUUCAUCUUCAUUUCCAUAAAAUUUCGUAUCGAUAUUUCCAGCACCACCUAAAUAACCCGACACCAAGCACUGAGCUGGAGCCGUACCCGAUUAAUGUAUCGGGGGUUAGCAGUUUAGGGUUUUAGCGCCAUUUGAAGCUCCGACCACACCACCACUCUCUGCAACUCCUCUGCUCCCAGUUAACCACAGCUGAACGGAGGAUAGAAGAAGAUUUUCAGUUUGGCUGAAAGUAAAAGUUACUAUUAAGGAAUGGCUACAGGUUUGGCUUCGAAAUGUUCACAGGUUGGUCGUUCGUUGUGCGGGGGCCUCAGCAACAACUUGUCUGGCAUAUUGAGUACAUCACAUGAGACGACAAGCAGCACUUUCUUAUCUCAGCAAAGGACCUUCAUACAGAUGAGGACUGUUCUCAAAGUCGUGGACAACUCAGGGGCGAAAAAGGUGAUGUGUAUACAAGCUUUGAAGGCAAAUAAGAAGGGAGCAAGAUUGGGAGACACCAUUGUUGCAUCAGUAAAGGAGGCCCAUCCGAAUGGAAAAGUGAAGAAAGGAAAGGUUGUUUAUGGUGUGGUUGUUCGUGCUGCCAUGCAGCGAGGCCGUUGUGAUGGGAGUGAGGUCAAGUUUGAUGACAAUGCUGUGGUACUCGUCGACAAGCAAGGGCAGCCGAUUGGGACAAGAGUAUUUGGACCCGUCCCGCAUGAGUUGAGGAAGAAAAAGCAUGUCAAGAUUCUCAGUUUGGCAGAGCAUAUUGCCUGAAAAGUGGACCACAAUGGAAUUCCAGAUGCACAAUAAGAACAGAAUGCUAUCUUGUAACGAGGUGUUGGAAUUUUGGAACAUCCAGGUGACCAGUUAAUUCAGCCAGAUCUUGUAACGCUCUCGACUCACUUUAUUUGAAUUUUACAAUUUUCUUCUAGUUUACGAAUUGUUCCGAUUGUUGUCUCCGCCAUGGCCCAUGGAGGGUGAGGGAAUUGAUGGUGGAUGAGCUACUAAGCUCAGAUGUGCUCCAACUCUGUCCAUAGAGAAGAAAAGUGACUACAGGAGUCUUAGAAUGUCAAAUAGAAAGACAAUUGACAUUAUUAAUUCUAGUUUAAUUUCUAAUUGAGAAA